ACGAUUUUGAGUAGAAAACCGUUUAUCUUUAUUACCACCGAUGCAUUCUCACAACCGUCUUUGAUGGCCCGUCUAAUAGAGGCAUUUCUAUAGUAUUGUUUGUCCAUGCCUAAAACAUCUAGUAGUCUGGAGCUGCGCGUGAGAAGUAGCGAUUGAGCACCUAGUCUUCUCUAUCCAUCUACUAGUAGCUCUCGGCCUCUUGCAUUGACUUCAUACUCGGAUCUUAGUUUCCUUAGCCGGCUCCCUGUUUCCCUCGAAUAACAUCAUGUUAUAUAUAAUCGACAUACUUUGAGGCCUUCUUAUUCUGGAGGCGUGUGUGCAUGCAUACUUCAACAAGGAUCUAUCUCCAUACAGUGCAGUAUUUCAGUACAAAGAUCUUAUUGCCCUCGUCGCUACUCGCUAGGACCAUGUUCAUGACAAGUAGCGCCAUGUGGUUCACCGUGUCUCUUGUUUUCAUCACCAUCGUGCUCAUCAGGAUCAUCAGAGGGAAGGCAGCUGGUGGUGUUGAUCCAACUUCUGGGAAACAACACCCGCCUGUGGUGAAUGGCUUUGCUUUACUAGGACUUUUACCUAGGCUUUUGAACAAGGAUCUUCCAACUAAGAUAAAUUGUCUAUAUAGUAAGUAUGGUAGCGUGUUCACGGUAAGUCUGUUUGGACGGAACGUAACCUUCUUGAUCGGGCCUGAGGUCUCAGCUCAUUUCUUUCAAGGAUUGGACUCAGAGAUUAGCCAUGGCAAUCUUCUUGAGUUCACUGUCCCCAUGUUUGGCCAAGAGGUCGCUCAUGGUGUCGAUACAGCCACUCGGAAUGAGCAGGCCCGGUUCUAUCUUGACGCAUUAAAGCAAUCAAAGUUGAGAAGCCAUUUUGAUCCCAUGCUUCAAGAGGUAGAGGAAUACUUUAGCAAAUGGGGGCAGGAAGGCAUAGUUGAUCUGAAGCACGAAUUUGAGCAGUUACUUAUGUUGAUCUCAAGCCGAUGUCUACUCGGCAAAGAGGUCCGAGAGAAGAUGUUUGACGAGUUCUAUACCCUGUUUCGUGACAUUGAAAACGGUGUGAACUUGGUCAGUGUCUUCUUCCCAUAUAUCCCAAUCCCAGCAAACCGGAGACGCGACAGAGCACGCGUGAAGCUCAUUGAGCUGCUCUCUGAAAUCGUGAGGUCACGUAAGAGCUCAGGCAGAGUGGAGGAGGACGCCCUGCAGAAACUGAUAGAUUCCAAGUACAAAGACGGCCGCUCCACAAGCGAAACAGAAGUCACCGGGAUGAUAAUUGGACUGAUCUUUGGGGGAAAACACACAAGCUCUCAUGCCACUACCUGGACCGGAGCCUGCCUACUCAGCCAUGAGAAGUUCUUAGCAGCCUCAUCCGAAGAGCAAAAGCAAAUCAUGAAGAAAUACAAGGGGAGAUUAGAAUAUGAAGCUCUGUUAGAGAUGAAUACACUCCAUAGUUGCAUCAAGGAGGCGCUUCGGAUGCACCCGCCAUCGCCGAUGCUGGUUCGCAAGGCAAAUAAGCAUUUCACUGUGAAGACAAGAGAGGGCCAGGAGUAUGAUAUUCCAAAAGGGAAUACUAUUGCAAGCCCUAUAGUACAAAACAAUAUCAUGCCAUACAUUUAUAAGGACCCUCACUUGUAUGAUCCAGAUAGGUUUGGACCCGCGAGGCAGGAGGACGUAGCUGGUGGGAAAUUCUCUUACACGUCUUUUGGAGGUGGAAGGCAUGUCUGCGUUGGCGAGGGCUAUGCUUACAUGCAGAUUAAAAUCAUAUGGAGCCAUUUGCUCAAGAACUUUGAGCUCGAGUUGCUGUCUCCUUUUCCCAACACCGAUUGGAAUAAGUUAAUCCCAGAGCCUCAAGGGAAUAUGAUGGUUAGCUAUAAGAGACAUCGGCUGUUGGGCUAGUUUUUACUUGACAACACUAUGUAUGUACUUAUGUGCAACCUGUGUCACGUCUGUUUCAGUGUUUGUAUGGGUGUAUCACUUAUAUUUCUGAAGAGGUUUGUAUGUUUUUAUGCCUUGUAGUCCAAUUCACUAUAUAUUAUCUUCUCCCAUGGUUGUGCUGAUAUUUUUGAAGAGGUUUGUAUGCUUUUAUGCCUUGUAGGCUUGUAGCCCUCUUUACUAAUAAAUAUAUUAUCUUCUUCCA